UGAUACUGUACAGUGCAUCAUCUUCCUGAUACCUGCCGUACGAGUUGCCAUUCCAGACAACUGGGGUUUUCCUAGCGUUUUAGCUCUUAGCAAAUAGAAUGUAUGGGAUGCAAACCAUGUGUAGGGAUCUCUGGGUAUCUCCGACGUGCUUGGGACUUUUCGGUUUCACCGCUGCCGCUUCCCCAUGGCCCAAACUCCCCCCGCCACCGCCAGAGCCAGCACGAAUUCCGCCGGGAGACCUUUCGUCGCCGCAACCGGCGCAAAGGUUUGCGGGGCUGCCCGGGUGAUCCGAUGCGUUCGCGGUGCAGAGGCACCGACAAAGACGGACGACGAGGCCUUUGGCGUCGCCGAGGAUUCUACCACCACCGGAGGCGCAUCCGGUUUUGGUUUCCCGUAGUUCACGUAGUCGUUCAUGCACGUAUCGUCUUCCUCCUCGCUGUUGCUGUGGUUCCCGUCGAUCCGGUUGGAAAGUCCCUCUCCCUCGCUCCACGCCGUCUGUCGAAGGUCGUCCCACCAGGCGACCGACUCGUCUCCCAGGGCAAUGAACGCGGAGUAGUCCAUCAGCAGCUCUUCCCCCUUCGCGACGUCCCUCGACGUGAUGCUCCGCACGCCCUUGUUCACCACGUUCACCAUGUCGGGGCGCUCCCCGUGGUUGAAAAACGAGGCCUCGUCCAGGUUGCACUCGACCUCCUGGGUCCGUGUCUGGCCGCUGUAGGCGUAGGCCCACAGGAGGACGUCGCACUGCAGGUCGUGCGGGAGCCGCCGCAGAAACUUCCUCAUGGACCUGGGGUUCGGCCAGAAACCGUUGUUCGUUUGGUCGUUGCCCUUCCAGACCACGGUUCCGCUUGGAAUAUCCUCGGUGGCGUAGAUGGCGCGCCCCCUCUCGCCGUCCCUGACCUCGAGCAGACCAAGGGUCAGGCCGCUGUAGCCCAGGUGGUUUAGGUUCCGAAGCCGAUUGUGGGUUCUGUGGUGGUAGCUGUGCCUCGCUUGUUUUUCCUCGUAGUAGACCGCCUGGAGGUGCCUCCAGGUUUCUUCGCUGUGGAUCAAUCGGCGGUAGUUCGAGGUUGCGCAAUCCGUCGGGAGGGGAUAAAUCCUCUCUUCUUCGACCUGGAUUGCGAAGUAUUCUUCGGCGGACCAGAUUGGCAUGUUUCUUUUGUCUUUCGAUGCUCGUGCCUGCGGAGCGAAGCUGGCAAAAUGGGCAACCUCCUCGAUUUCAACCAAAGAGGUGCGGAAGGAUAGCUUGGAUACGAAGAUAGAGUUAGUGACACCAAUCAAAACGAAAACGGCGGAAAUUCCGAAGACGUGCGAGUCUUCUGCACGUACUCGUACUUAUGUUACGAGUACGUACGGUACGAUUGGGGGGGCUAGGUGGGGGGGAGUGGUUGAUCAUUGCUCGAAAGAGACGUUGCAAAGAAGACUUUCAAAAACGGGAGGUACGGGAAAAAGCACGAAAACCAAAGAGCACACGUGCCAGAGUUCCGUUGAGUCUAUGGAACAUCCGUGAUUCAAUAUCCAUUGGCCGACAAUUCAGAAGACACUGCCGCGGAAAUGUUCUGCUCGCGUCGCACACGGGAAUGGAAUGGCAUCUCACCGUUCAAACCCAACGGUAGAAAGGUCCAUUUUCUUUGAAAAUCUGAAGACCCGGCAUGCUUUUUUGGGGGAUCACAUGUGCACAAGCAAGGUAGGACUCUAUGUACCUGUACGAGUAACUGGUACCUGCACGAGUACGAGUAUAGUAUGUAUGUAGCCUUCACGUAAAGGAAAGCCAAGUUUUUAAAAUUUGUG